AUGAAAUAUUUUCUUGCUUUUCUGUGUCUACUUGAAUAUCGUUUACAUGCCUUUAAUCAAAACACUGUCCCAGCCUCAGAGUUUCAGCUGGAAGGAGAUUAUUUGAUUGGUGGACUUUUUGAUAUUCAUCAUGUCAAUGCCUCUGUUUAUCAUGACAGACCAGAAGCCAUCGACUGCACCAGUAAACCCGUCAUUCUGUCAAGCUAUCGGAGGUUUCAGCUGAUGAGAUUCUCUGUAGAGGAAAUCAAUAACUCUACCAACCUGCUCCCAAAUGUGUCUCUCGGCUAUGAAAUAUUUGACCACUGCUCAGAUACACAGAAUUUCCCAGGUAUUUUCAAACUUAUCUCAGACAACGGCUUGAUCCAACCUUGGGAUGAACCACACAAGAAUCUGUCCAAAGUGAUAGCAGUGGUCGGCCCUUUUUCAAGCACUGACACCCUGACUCUGGCCCCACUUUUCAUGAUGGAUCUCAUUCCUAUGGUCAGUUAUGGAGCUGCUGCCUCUGCCUUUUCAGAGAAAGUGAAAUUCCCCUCUUUCCUGCGAACAGUACAUUCAAAUAAAUACGUCAUAGAUGUGAUUGUUAACAUCAUACUGCACUUCAACUGGCGCUGGGUUGCUUUCCUUAACAGUGAUAAUGAUUUUGGCAAAGAUGGACUGGAAUUGUUCAUAAAGAGGAUUAAGGAUACAGAGAUCUGCCUGGCGUACACCAAAGAUCUCAAUGUAUAUACGGAUUACUACCAAAUGUUCAAACAGAUAGAGGCACAUGAAAUACACACCAUUAUUGUUUUUGCUCCAAAAAGUACUGCUGAAGCUGUCAUUGAUUCCGCAAUACAACUGAAUAUCACAAACAAGGUGUGGAUAGCAGCAGACACCUGGUCCUUAAACAAGAGACUCCCCAAGGAGAAAGGAAUCGAAAAUAUUGGAACUGUUCUUGGGGUGUCUCAGCCAGUAGUGACCAUAACUGGUUUCAGUGAUUUCAUCUAUGCUUCAAAAAGCCAGAAUCAUUGUGAAAAUGCAGAACAAGAGAUGUUUUGUAAUCAGGUUUGCAACUGCAGUAACCUGAGUGCUGAAGAUAUCAUUGCUGCAGACCCAUCUUUCUCUUUUUCUGUUUAUUCUGCUGUAUAUGCCAUCGCUCAUGCCUUACACAAUACUUUGAAAUGUGGAUAUGGAGGAUGUAAUGGCAAUAUUACAGCGUACCCACACAUGGUUCUAGCACAGCUGAAGAAGUCAAACUUUACACUUUUGAACCGGAGUGUGAAGUUUGAUGAGAAUGGUGACCCCAAGUUUGGAUCCUAUUCCAUCGUUUUCUGGAACCACAGUGGUGAUGCAGAGGAGGUCGGCUUUUAUAAAUUUCCCCCAUCAGUCCAUUCUUUCAUCAACAGCACCAAAAUCCAGUGGUACACAGAGGGAGAAGUGCCAAUUUCACUGUGUUCCCCAGAGUGCCCUGAAGGAUAUGCAAAAAAACAAACUGGAAUCCACAAAUGCUGCUUUAAUUGUCAAAUCUGUCCGAAUGGAACAUAUGUCAACAGCACAGAUGCUCUUUACCCCAUCGGAAAGUACAUCCCAAACUCGUCAAAUGCUCUGGCAGUAACUCGUCCGAGUCUCUACUCCUUUCUGUUAUGGUAUUUCCUCCCAAAAUGUUACAUCAUUAUUUUCCAACCCCACAAAAACACACAGCUGUACUUCCAAGGCCUCAUUCAGACUUAUACCAAAACAAUUAGCCAGUAGCAGCUUCUAGUAUAUGUGUUUCUUUAGACAGAGGAACUGGUGUGCCACGGGUAAAUUGUAAUUUGUAAAUAAAUGUUUUCUUGCAUAUUGUAUUGCAGUUUAUUUUUUAGGAGUAGUAGUCUUUAU